GAUACUUUGGGCAGACAACAGAUUCGCUUUACUCAGUGCUGGCAAAGAGCAUGCGUAGUGCUCAACAUUGUGACUUCGAAAGAGCAAAGAUCAAAGAUCAUGCGUACGGUGCGCACAAACUGUCAUAAUUAGCUGACAGUUUGAACCUUGAGCAGUAUGUACACAGCGUAUGAUCAUGAGUAGUGAUGUGUUUGUAUUUUUGCACUUUCUUUAUUAAUGUUUAUAUAUUCUGGAAAUACUAAUGCCUCUGUAAUCACGAGAAAAAUUGUCGCACGCAUACGCACAUAAACAUGUACCGUGCCAUGGCGAUUCAACAGAUGUAAAAUGCUCUAAAUACAAUCCAGCGCAGGUUUAUGCCGAGUAACUAAUGUAUUAUGAUUAGUGUCUAUAAGUGUCUUGGUAUUGUGGCUGGUUUAACAACUGAAACUUCAUGCACCCUUGCAGGCUCGAGGAUGUCUAUAGUUACAGUGCAGCUUGGUCAGUGUGGAAACCAGAUUGGCCAGGAACUGUUUAAUGUUAUCAGCAACGACUCCCACAGCUCACGUGGACAGUGCCCCAAGACAGAAAGUGAGGCAUACAGCAUUUGUUCCCAGGAGAGAUUCUUCAGCGAGGGCCAGAAUGGAGGUACAGCAUUUGCAAACAGCGUCAGCUCGGGCUGUGCUGGUAGACAUGGAGCCCAAAGUCAUCAGUCACACCAUAUCGACAGCUGCAAAAUCUGGCAGGUGGAAAUAUGGAGAUCAGUCAUCCUUCUGUCAAAAACAAGGGUCUGGAAACAACUGGGCUAAUGGGUAUGAGCUGUGAUCAAUAGACACCACUCUCUUCUGCCCUUCCUGACAGGUUUUUGUGUCCACGGACCUCGCCAUGAGGAGGACAUCAUGGACCUGGUACGGCGGGAGGUGGAGAAAUGCGACCGCCUGGGCGGCUUCUUCAAUAUGAUGAGUAUGGCAGGGGGGACUGGGUCAGGCAUGGGAACAUACAUUACCCAGUGUCUGCGGGACACCUAUCCACACUCAUUCAUUCUUAAUCAGGUCACCUGGCCCUACGGAACUGGUGAGGUAAUAGUCCAGAAUUACAACUCGGUGCUAACACUGUCCCAUCUGUACCAGUCGUCCGAUGCAAUUCUUGUUCAAGAAAACGACACGGUUCACAAGAUCUGCGCCCAGCUGAUGAAUAUCAAGCAGAUCUCUUUUAAAGACGUCAACAAAGUCAUUGCACAUCAGCUUGGCAGCGUGCUGCAGCCAGCGUACACAGAGGGAGCGUCUGAGUAUAACAGAAACCCCCUGGGUGAAUUGAUGAAAAGUAUGGUUUGUCACCCUGAGUAUAAAUUACUGGGCCUGCGAAACAUUCCCCAGAUGUCAGAAACCUCCCUGGCAUACAGUGUCUUCACUUGGCCUGGGCUUUUGAAACAUCUACGGCAAAUGCUGAUUGCUAAUGCAAAAAUGGAAGAAGGCAUUGACUGGCAGGUAAGACCCCCAGCAGGUGGACUCCCACCGGCAGAGAAAGGGACUCAUAACAAACAGCUGCGUUUCAACUCCUCGCUGGCCAACUUGCUAAUCUUAAGAGGAAAAGAUGUGCAGAGUGCAGAUACAGGUGGUUUCAUGGAUCCAGCACUGUACACCUCCUGGCUUCCACCAGGGGUCGCCAGCAGCACUUGGAGAACACCCAUGUCCUUUAACAGAUAUGAGAAAUCUGCCACUCUGGUCAGUAAUAGUCAAUUCCUUCUGAAACCCCUUGAUGGCAUCGUGGGAAAGGCAUGGAACAUGUUUGCUUCAAGGGCAUAUGUUCACCAGUACACCCAGUUUGGAAUCUCAGAAGAGGAUUUUCUAGACAGCUUUACAGCCCUGGAGCAGGUCAUCGCCAGCUACACACACCUGUAAACCAGCCUGCCGAGAUUAAGGGGAUGUUUAAAGUUGAAGGAAGUGAUAUUGAACUUUCAUUAUGGGGGAUUUUAUUUUUUAAUAUAUAAUAAGUCUUAUCAGAAUGCAAAUUAUUGAUUUUCUUGGCACUCAACAACCUUUGUUAUUAAAAACGGUAUGUACUACAUUUUCUUGGUAUGAUGUAAAAUAUAUUUAUAUUAAAUCUAUUUUGUACAAAUUCUUA